AGGGAGGGACAGUGAAGAAGAAGAGGGGGAGGAAGAAAGAAGGGGCUCACAGAGAGUGCACUGUUAGUGGACAGAAAAACAGACUGAGUGCUAACAGCCAGCGUAGGUAGAGCACCAAGCGAGCGCUGCUGCUACAAGUCAGACCAGAGUGAAACAGUCGACAACAGAGAGGGAGAUUCACACGUCCACGGAGAGCAGCGGAGUGUAGCAGAAGAGCGUUGUGACUGUUUGGGCAACAGGAGCUCGUGGUAGCCAAGAAGAAGGCUGCCAAGCCUGAAGAGAUGCUGUGAGGAACAGUGCCAAGUGAUGGAGCUUGAAGCAGCCAGCAGGCAGGCGCGAUUAGUCAGAAUGGAUGACCACGACAGAGUAAGCCAAGCGUCCAGCGUGGCCACAAUAUCCUAUUUUCCCAUGGUAAAGGAAAGUGAUGGAAAGGUGCAGACAUUUGGGAAGAGGUGUCAGUCUGCCAAGAGAGACCCCAACUGCCCUGUGGUCAUCAGAGGAUGGCUCAACAAAAAAGAUAGCUCUGGUUUGAAGCUUUGGAAAAGACGAUGGUUCGUCCUCUCUAACUACUGUCUGUUUUACUAUAAAGACAGCAGAGAAGAAUCUGUUCUGGGGAGCAUCCCACUGCCAAGCUACAAAAUCCUGUUCUGCACGCCGAGGGAAUGCAAGAACAGAAAGUUCACCUUUAAGGUAGUGCAUCAGGGGAUGCGCUCUUAUUUCUUCAGCGCAGACACUCAGGAGGACAUGUUGGGUUGGGUUCGAGCCCUCAGUCAGUCUGCUGCAAUGGAGCCAGACAGCUCCAUGAACAGGCGCUGCUCAAGUUAUCACGACUUUACGCAGAUAGGUGGCAGCAGUGAAUCAGUGGACCUCCCUAAAUCUCCCUCUGAUGAUGAGGGUCUAUCCCAGAAACACAGGCACGUCAGCAGGACUCUGAGUGAACCGAGUAAGCUCAGUGGUGGAAGGAUGGGGAGAUCGCACUCAGAGCAGAGGGAGAGGCGGAGCAUGCAUCAAAGAAACAGCAGAACACCGAGCCCUGAUUUAAGCAGAAGAAGAGCUUGUGGUCCGAACAAGGAGGAGGAUUAUUUCCCGGGUCAAAACGCACCGUCACAAACAGAUGUUAUGGCAACAGGUUCUUUGACCUCCAGAGGUCAGCUGGGAUCAAGACCACACACACCGGUGGGAAGGGUUGACAUACGACCCCAUGAUGACCUGGUCAUGCUGCCACAUACUCUUUACUACGCACCUGCCUCACCGAAUCUGGAGUUCAAAUCCAACCCCAGCACUCCAGGCUCAGAAAGGUGGCAAAGUCUAAACAAGCCUCCCCCUGUAUAUGGUUCUGUUCAUCAUAGCAGCGGGCGAAGACCUUUGGGGAAGGAUGACUAUGAUGAUUUUCAGGCCCCAAAACCUGACCCGAGGGAAAUGCCACCACUCCGGCCUCUUGAAAGUGAUGCAGACGCUGUGUUAACGAGGUUGUGUGGGUGUGACAAACUGCUGCAGUCUCUGUCUGUAGAACUGGCCCAGCUACAAAUGGAUAAGGACAAUGUCCAGUGUGCUUUGGAAGUUUCCAGACUGCAGCUAGAAGAGUGGAAGAGCCAUGGACCCCAGGCCCACGAGGAAGCGCUGACCGAGAAGGCUUUGUUACAAGAGGAGCUGGUGACAGUCCGGGCCAGAAUGUGUGACGUAUCACUGGAAAUGGAGCGGGUUUGGUGCCAGUAUGAGAGGAUGGAGAGUGAACUGUCUGUUGUCCGUUCACAACUUCAGCACAUCUGUAACUUUGGAAUGCCACAAGAGCAAUCUCAGGCUCAGAGAGAGCUGUGGAUGAUGGAGGACAUACUCGAUGGGCUAAAAUCCAAUCGGAGUCACUUCCGCUACCUGCUGGGGAUACAGAGACAUCACUUGUUUCAGUCCACAGCUCCGCAUCCUGGAUCCCCUGGCUCUCCCACAGAGUGUCUUCCAGUGGACGUGGAAGAGGAGCCGCCAGUCCGCCCACCGUUACCCCAGGAGCUACAAGAAAGCCAGAGCAGGAACAUGAGCCAUGGAUGGGCAGAAUCACCAUAUGAGGCAAUCUACAGCCACACUGUUGAUCCUGUACACAGACGAGGAAACAGCCAGCCUGACCUCCUUAAUGUGAAAGCACAUAGAGAUCCAUCCGACUCUCAGUCUGGUUCAAAGUGGAUCCCACCAGACACAACCAACCAAUCAACCAAGAAGCUGAAGAUGAAGAUGAGUGAAGAAGAGCAGAUUGAGAGAAUGAAAAGAAAUCAGGAGAGGGUGACUAAUAGGAAAAAACCUCCUGUCCCGGCUCCAGGUGCCCAGACCCAGGGUCAAAGUUCAGAGCCAAAAGCAGAGGCCCCUUUUCCCUUAAGGGUGACGCGGGUGGUUACAGCUGUACUACCGUCUUCGCUCGUGGCCAGACGUGUUUCUGUCGAGGAUCCUCCUGCUGAGCUUGAUACUCCACUGGCUGAGCAGAUCCCAUCUGAGAAACAGCCAAAUCUGGCUGAGCAGGGUAAAAAACUGUUAAGCAAACCACCCAGGAGGCCCUUGUUGGAGAAUCCUGAUCAAAACUGGUCCUCAGCAGAGAUGGACCAGGAUCAGCCCAUUAAGAAGACAUACAAAAAUCAGCAUCAAGGAGCAUCCAGGACCUCCACGAAGGAGUUACGUUCAGAAGUGAGCAGAACUGAGGGUUUAGAGACGUCAAGCAAUCAAAUUCGAGAUGACGCCGGUUUAGAAAAUGGAAGCGCAAGCUCAAAUAUAAGGAAAGUGGAGCAGUCUACUGCCCUUCUGACCUCAAACAUGGACUAUGACCUCUGUCUGACCCCUGAACAGCGAGAGGCCAAGCUCCGGCGAGUGGAACGAAUACGAGAGAGAGUCAUAAGAAGUGCAGUCAGAGAGAGUGCCACCACGCACAGUCAGCUCUCGGUUAUGGGAAAGGAGAAGGAAGUUCACCAUGAUGCAGCGAGAAAACAAAGAUUAAAAGCAGGCCAUGAUUGCCAUGAUGGCCGUGGAAGCUGUGGGGAUAACUUAAGAAGUUCUGCAGAGCUUCAGCUUUCAAGUGCAAUAUCUGAGGAUAAAGAGAAAGAACACCAGGAACUUAAUAAUCAGGCCAAGUUAGAGAACAGAACACAGCACAGUGGGAGACCAGGGGUUGCCAAAAGUAAGAUCAAACGUCCAGCUUCACCCUAUCAUAUAUCAUCCAUGACUGUUUAUCCGAAAGAUGGAGGGAAGGGAUUCAUAGGUCUCAAAGAUGAUGAACAGAAAAAGAUUGAAGAGAAUCCUGAUGGUGAUGAUAAUGAAAGUGAUUCUAAGGCCUCUGAUCUGAGAGCCAAAUGGUUCCUUUCCACAAACCAGUGGAAAGGAUUCAUACCUCUACAGAUCCCUGCCACAGAAACACUGUGUAAUGAGGAGGCAGCAGACAACCAGGCAGCUUCAUCUGAUGACAUUACUGAUUCAAAUGAAAUGUUAUCAGCAGUGAGUGAGAGCUUAGAGAAGAUGAAAGAGAACCAUUCACUCUUCUAUAAGAUUGCAUGUGACAUCAGUAUUUCAGAUUCAGACAUAACAAAGAACGAUGGGAAUUCAUGUGCUCAAACAUCAUCUGGGCCAGAAGAGAAAGAACCACUGUUGAUCACCGAGUCUGUGCCAGCCGACGCUGCCAGUAAUGUUGGCCCUUCAUCUGAACAGGAGAAUAAGGAUGUCACUCAGCCUAUGUCAUCAAAUGGUAAUGAAAGUAGCGAGACAGCUGAUUCCAAACCUCGAGAUUCAACAGUGGAACUUCAGGAAAAAGCAACAAAAGAUGCUUCUGUUUUUGAAAAGAGCGCUGCAAAUGAAUGUGAGGACAACUCAAGGUCAGAAAGCCAGCUGAAAGUUAAAGAAACUACUGGCAGAGUUUGCAUUGGGGACACUGAUCCCAUCCAGACACUGGAUGGAAGUGCAAGUCAGACAAGAGAGGAACGUAGCGGAACGAAAGAGUCAGGGGACAGGAAGGAUGGGCGAGUGAGAUCGGAAGAACUGAAAAAGUCUGCUAGUUUAUGUGAGGAGAAAAAUGAGAAUGUCCCAGAACAAGGCAACAAAAGCGCUGCUGCUCUAUCCAGCUCUGUGCGUGAAGCCGGACGUGUGAUUCGGAGUGCUUCUUUCGGAAAGGCGAGAGUAACAGUAUUAAGGACAAGUUUAUAAAAGAAAGCACAGAGACGGCUUAAGGAGUUUAAGUGAACAAACUCGGGAAGGACAAGAACACAGUUUAGAGUGACUGCAGUGAAAAAUGUUAGAAGAAUUCGACUGAAGGAGUCUGGACCUAAUUUUAAAUUACAAAUUGUAUAAUGGGAACAUAUAGUAUCAGAAACACCUUUAAUAUUUGGUAAGUUUAAACAUUUCCACUAUCCACUGUUGAACAUUUAUGCAAAUGCAAUGGAAAGUCUUAAUAUUUCAUCAUAACAAAAACUAUGUACUGUAUGGAAAUAAAGUAUUGUUCUUGCAGUGGAAAGAAACCAAAUACCUUCUCUAUAGCCGCUGUCGAUACACGCUCUGUGUUUGAGGCUAACAUGAUCAUUCCUCUCAAAAUAUGCAUUCAACAUAGCGCAGGAGUCAUGGCUAAUGGCUGCUCGUGAUUGGUAACCCUUUUAUUGUCCCUGCUGCAAAAUGUGUUGUUGUUUUUUGUAUCUCAAAUAUCCUGAUUAAUAAAAAUGCUGUGUGCCACGUCAA